AUGUCCUUCUCUCAGUUCGGAUACCCCUACAGCACCACUUCACAGUUUUUCGUGCCCGCCAGCCCCAGCACGACCUGCUGCGAGGCUGCCCCCCGCUCCGUGCCGGAUGCCUCCUCGGCGCCGGCCACCGCCUCCCUCUGCUGCGCCCCGUACGAGAGCCGGCUGCUGGCGCCCGGCCGCGCCGAGCUCAAUGCGGCGCUGGGCAUGUACGGCGCCCCGUACGCCGCCGGCCAGGGCUACGGCAACUACCUGCCCUACAGCGCCGAGCCCGCCGCGCUCUACACCGCGCUGAACCCCCAGUAUGACAUCAAGGACGGCGCCGGCACGUUGCACUCGGGAAUCGCGCAGCCCGCUGCCUACUACUCCUACGAUCAUUCCUUGGGGCAGUACCAGUACGACAGGUACGGGACGGUGGAUUUCAGUGGUUCGGCCAGACGCAAAAAUGCAACGCGAGAGACGACGAGCACCCUCAAGACCUGGUUGUACGAGCACCGCAAAAACCCCUACCCCACCAAAGGAGAGAAAAUCAUGCUGGCCAUCAUCACCAAAAUGACGCUGACGCAAGUGUCCACUUGGUUUGCUAACGCCAGACGGAGGCUCAAGAAAGAAAACAAAAUGACCUGGUCUCCCAAGAACAAAGCGGGGGAAGAGAGGAAAGAAGAAACCCCGCGGGAAGAGGAGGAGUACGGCGCGGAGAGCGAAGGCAGAGAGCAGAAGAGCUGCAAGGAGGACAAGGAGCUGCGGUUCAGCGACCUGGACGACCUGGAGGAGGAGGACGAGGAGGAGGAGGAGGAGGCGGGGAAGCCGGAGAAGGGCCGGGCCAGCUCCCUGCAGGAAGCCCCCAGCCUCGGCGCGGCGCUGCCCGAGGCUCCGCGGAGCGACUGCAGCCUGCCCGGCCCCUUCCGCGCCUUUCCCUGCGCCAAGGCCCCCGCCGCGGACUUCGCCCCCGCCGCCCUGCCCGGCCCGCCGCCGCCGCCCUACGCGCCCGCGGAGAAGCCGCGCAUCUGGUCGCUGGCGCGCACCGCCGGGGCCAGCGCGGCGCGCAGGGGCAGCCCCGAGGGCCGCGGCGCGGAGGGGGGCGGCGGCGCGGCGGGGGAGCUGCCCCCGCCCGCCAAGGCCUUCCGGAGCUCCGCUUUCAACCUGCAGCCUCUCCCGCGGAGCUGCGCGUCCCACCGCGGCCUGGGGGAGCCGUGCCAGUACGCGGCGGCGGGCGAAGGCUUCGGGCGGGGCGCCAAGGGCGGCCCGGGAGGCGCCGAGCUGGGCGGGACCUGCCUGGACAGGCUGCGGACGGCGUUCCGGCCGGUGCUGCGGAGGUGA